CAAAAUCGCCCUGCAGCGCUUACUUCCUGUUGCCACUAGGUGGCGCUAUCACUAUGCGUUCAGGGCGGGACUCUUAUCAGACAAGUGAAGUUACUUUGCUGUCGGAUCAUGUACGCAGAAGUUAUGACGAAUCCCUCUUUCAUGGCGAAGGAUCGAAAAUGCACGACACAGGACGCCAUGCCACAUCCACGAUGUUUUGACGGAAGUUAUUAAGUAAAAAAAAAAGAAAAAUUACAAUUAAAAGAAAAAUAUAUUGAAUACUGGAAAGAAACGAGCAAAACACAAAUAAAUUACAAUGUUAUAUGACCCUAAAAAGAGAAUACAAACUGGCAAAUUACCUGAGCACAAUAAAAUGUCUUAAAUUAAGAAAAAUGUUGACAAUGUACAGACUGAGUGAACACAGCCUGGCCAUAGAAAUGGGUCGCCAUAGACAGAACUGGCUACCAGAAGAGGAGAGACUCUGCUCCCAGUGUGACAGAGGACAGGUAGAGACAGAGCUGCACUUUCUAACCUCAUGCCCUAAAUUCAAAACUUUAAGAGAGACAUUUCCCAAAUAUACCCCGACUUCGAAUUAUUAUCAGACACACAGAAACUCCCCUAUUUACUGGGAGAAAUGCCCAAAAGUCAAAUUAUUGCAGCAAAAUAUGUCUCCUCAUGCCACGAACUGAGUACAACCAGUGGAAACUCUGUAAAUGUAUAAAAUAAUUGAUUGUUUUAGUUGUUUUUUUUUUUUUUUUUUGUUGUCUUUUUAAUACACACACACACACACACACACACACACACACACACACAUUUACAGUUUUAUCUAUCUAUUUAAUUUUUUAAUAUUAUAUUAUAUUUAAUAAUUUGUUUUCGCUAUUAUAUUGACAACAGACUACUUGUUUUAACUGUAGUUACUUUACUACUGUUUUAAUGACAUUUUUAGUUGACACAAACUGAUUGAUUGAUUGAUUGAUUGUAAUUAAUUACCUAUUCACUGAUAUUGAUUGAUUGUGACUGUGGUUGUGGUGGAGUCAAUAAUAGUUACAGUAUAGAUUAUAAUUAAUUUAUUGUAAAUAUUGUUUUCCUUUAUUGUUAUUAUUAUUAUUUUUAAUUCCAAACGUCAUGCCAAUAAAGCCAUUUGAAUUGAAAGUGUGAUUAUUGAUUGACAAUAUUAGUCUCCUUAAAAUCCCGUUUAUUUUUGAAUUUCUGCAUUCCCGCACUAACAGUUUCAGAAACGCGAGAUCUCAUACCAGCGCCAAUUCCACGCGGGCUCCUGGAUCCGGUCAUUACUGGUUUUGCAGCGGACAAAAAUGACGGAGAGAAGCAAUAUCACCAGCCCAGACCGGCUCCCGCAAGUCAGUGACCCGGAGCUGGAGGCCAUCCGGGUGGACUUCCAGCUGGCGGCAUAUGCGUGUAUGGACCUUGAGAUCCCGAGGCCUGCCCUUUAUAGACGGGUCCUCCAGGCCCAAGCCAGGGCCAUGGGUGGGCUUGCACGCCAGUUCAGGCAGCUGAGGGCUGUCCAGCAGCAGGUGGUUGUGCUGAGGCAGAAGCUGGAGGAAACCACCCAGCAGCUGCACAAGGCCACCCAGCAGCUGGAGGAGGACCUCGAAUUGGCCGUGGCCUUUCCUCUCGUCGCAGAGCAGCAGGCCAGUGGGGAGCCUGGCCAGCAGGAGCAGCAGGCCAGUGGGGAGCCAGGCCAGCAGGAGGAGGAGGAGGAGGAGGAGGAGGAGGAGCAGGAGGAAACUCCAACAAAUUAAACGAAAAUAAUAAAUAAAUUUAUUUAAAAAAUUGAAA